UAGUGUCAGUCGCCGAUGCCGUUAAUAUUUGUCGGCGCAGGUCUCUGGGCUCUCGAAUCGAGUGGCAAAAACGGAAUCCGGACGUGUGUGUGUGCGGUGAAAAAUAUAAUUUGUGAAAAAUAUAAGAAAAUUGCAUAAAUCCAACGGAAAAAAUCAACAAAAAUCAUGGCAGCAAGAUUAAUUCAAAAGAUUGUUAACACAACUCCCGUUUCUGGACGUGCCUACUCUUCGGGUACCCGUAAAGUCACUCUCAUUCCCGGUGAUGGUAUUGGUCCUGAAAUUUCCGCUGCUGUGCAGAAAAUCUUUACCGCUGCCGGUGUACCCAUUGAAUGGGAAGCUGUUGAUGUAACACCCGUUAGAGGACCUGAUGGUAAGUUCGGUAUUCCUCAGGCUGCCAUUGAUUCGGUCAACACAAAUAAAAUCGGUUUGAAGGGCCCCUUGAUGACACCCGUCGGCAAGGGUCAUCGUUCUUUGAAUUUGGCUCUCCGUAAGGAAUUCAACUUGUAUGCCAACGUAAGACCAUGCAGAAGUUUGGAAGGCUACAAGACCUUAUACGAUAAUGUUGAUGUUGUUACCAUUCGUGAGAACACUGAAGGUGAAUACUCCGGCAUUGAACACGAAAUUGUCGAUGGUGUUGUACAGAGUAUCAAAUUGAUUACCGAGGAAGCCUCGAAGCGUGUUGCUGAAUAUGCCUUCACCUAUGCCAAAAACAAUAACAGAAAGAAGGUCACCGUUGUGCACAAAGCUAAUAUUAUGCGUAUGUCUGAUGGUUUGUUCUUGCGUUGUGUACGUGAUAUGGCUGAAAAAUUCCCUGAAAUUCAAUUCGAGGAACGUUAUUUGGAUACCGUGUGCUUGAAUAUGGUACAAGAUCCCAAUAAAUAUGAUGUCUUGGUCAUGCCUAACUUGUAUGGUGAUAUUUUGUCUGAUAUGUGCGCCGGUUUGGUUGGUGGUUUGGGUUUGACACCCUCCGGUAACAUGGGUCUCAACGGUGCCCUCUUUGAAUCCGUUCACGGCACUGCCCCCGAUAUUGCUGGCAAAGAUUUGGCCAACCCCACUGCCUUAUUGUUGUCUGCCGUUAUGAUGUUGAGACACAUGGAACUCAACACUCAUGCCGAUAAAAUCCAAAAUGCUUGCUUCGAAGUCAUCAAGGAGGGCAAAUAUUUGACUGGCGAUUUGGGUGGCAAAGCCAAAUGUUCCGAAUUCACAAAUGAAAUUUGUGCCAAACUGUAAAUUUAUUAAUUUACCUAUGUUUGCUGCCACCAAAUCCACUCACAAACCAAAAUAUUUAAACACCUCAUCCCACACUUACGCACUUACUAGCAACGCUUUAUAAUUGUAAUGUGUGUGGUUGUUAUAUACACAUUAUUAAACUCUUUAAGGAAAAAAGUAAAAAUAUGAAAAAAAAAUCACAACGGAUAGUAUUGUACGUUCGAAUACUUAAUUAAUUGAAACGUUUAAAAAAAGAAUUCAAAAUUAAUUUAUACCUACAUUUAAAAUGUUUGUAUUUUUCAAAAAUUUAAUUAAUUAAACUAACCAUUAUCCCUCCUUUGCCGUAUUAUUUUAUUUGUAAUUAUUAUUAUUUUUAAAAUAGUUUUAUUUUCAAAACAACGUUAAUUUUAACUAUUUAUUUAUGUAACUUGUUCCUUGUUUGAUUUAAUAUUAAUUUCUCUUGUUUUUUCCCAUUUUUCCUCUGCCAUUUAUCUCAAAAAGAUUGUUUUUUUUUUCGUUAUUUAUAUGAAUAGUAAUGAAAAAAUAUAAGGAAAAAUAGUUUCUUGUAACUGAAAUCUAACGUAACAAUAAUUAUCGCGCAUAUUAGAUAAAAACUUAAUAAACCAUAAAUAAAGUUGUCAUAUACAAAACAAAAAA